AUCAGAUUGUGCAGCAAAUGGUGGGAAAAAUCUCUAAGGGCCUUCAGGUGUGCAAGAACAAGAUUAGACAAAGAGGAAGACAAGGAGAUGGACCAAAACUUGCAGCAGCAACCACUGCCAAGAAGUAUUGCAGAGUACAAAAACCAUCCAUUGUAUGCACUGCAAAGACAUCUUCUAAAAUUCGAAGCAAUUUAUCCACCUGAUGAAUCUCCUGUUGGCUUUAUCAAAAGUGAGCCAGUGUUUCCCCGUGAGAGUGUAUACACUCUUUAUUCUCGAGACACUUGGAUAAAAGAAGCAAAAACAGUCCGAGUGGAUGAAGAGCCCUACAAAAUUGUCAAGGCUAGACCCAAAUGGGAUAAGAAUACGUGCCAAGUAGUGAAAGAUAGACCUUUGGAAUUGUUUGGUGAGUGGCAAGUAGAGGACUAUGAGCCACCUUUGGCAAAAGAUGGAAAAGUGCCUCGCAGUGAAUAUGGCAGUGUUGAGUUGUUUAAGCCAAGCAUGUUGCCUAGAGGUUGUGUUCACAUUCCAAUAAGUGGCUUGAACCGUAUUGCCAGGAAGCUCAAUAUUGACUGUGCCCCUGCAAUGAUUGGAUUUGAUUACCAUUCUGGUUGGUCUCAUCCUGUUUAUGACGGAUUUGUUGUCUGUGAGGAGUUCAAGGAUACCUUAAUAGAUGCAUGGAAUGAGGAUCAAGCAGAACAAGCUAGAAAGGCCGAGGAGAAGAGGAUAAAGAGAAUUUAUGAUAACUGGAAGAAGCUGAUUCAAGGUAUGUUGAUUAAGGAACGUGUUAGGGAGAAGUAUGGACGCUCCUCGCCAGCAGAUGAUGAAGAAAGGGAAGAAAUGAAGAAAAUAGCUAAAGAAAUCAAGAAAGAAGAGGAAGAAGAGAAUGAGGUUGCUAGCAGCAGUGCAGGUGCAGUCAAAAGGAAAAUCAAACAGGAAGAUAUAGAUGCAGCAAGACCUCCACUCAUCACACAUCAUGUGAAGAAUAUGAAAAUUGAUUGGUGUUCAAACGUUGUUGAGAUGGCUAAAAAAAGUAAGAAAAAGAUAGCCAAACCAAGAAAUCCUGCAAAAAAGAAAAAUCCAGUUACAGAGAAAAAAGUGUUACCAGCAUCCCAAGAAAACCAAUCGAAAGCUUUGAGUGUCAGCUUGGAGGCUGACAGUGAUAGUGAAACAGACGAGGAAGAGAAAAAAGCAAAAAUCCGAGCAAUUUUAGAUUGGGGCACAAAAGUUGUUGAAACAAAUCCUGAUCUAAGUGAUGAUAGUGAAAAUGAGGGAGAGAAAAAGUCUUCUAAUUUUUUGUCAUCAGAUACCCAUCCAUUUUAUGACUCAGUUAUUAAACCCAUGAAAGACAAUGUAAAGAAGAAACAGCAGAAAGUGAACAUCAAGGGAAAGAGAAAAAGUCUGGAUGAAUUGGAAGAUGGAAUGUCAAGUGCUUCAACCAGUCGCUCCACAAGUCCAGAGCCAGAUAUUAAGGACAUCAAAGAUAAGGGCAGCAGGCGGACUUCCAGGAGAUCGCACUUGCAGAAAAAGGUGACAUACAAAGAAAAUGAAGAAGAGAGUGAUGAGGAUAUAUCUCUAGAUGAAAGUGAUUCUGGGGAUCACUUAUAUGAGCCUCUGAAAAGCAAAUAAAGAUGAUUUCCCUGAUAUUUUUGUAUCAUAGUGUGAAUUAAAUUAUUUAAAUCUUAUUUACUUUUGUUAUAUCUAUGCCAUUAACCAUGUUACUGGUUUACCUCAUUAGAUUUUUUAUAUUCUUUCCAAAUGUAGUAUUUGAUGUAGUAUAAGUGCAUAUCAGGAGAAAAUCAGUUUUCAGUGUGUUAAGGUUAUCUUUUAUAUAUAUAUAUAUUUCAUUACUGAUGGCAGCUGAGCUAAUGAUAAUGUUUUUGAUAAAUUUAGUUAGUACAAGUACAGUUAUUAGAAGUCAUGGUAUUCAGUUGAAAUAAUGAAGAUUUUUUAAGUGUAUAUACUUAAUAAUGAGGAUAAAGAAAAAAUAAAAGUGAAAUAUGAUUGAAAACUUGAUGAAACUUGAAGUAACAAAUUAAUAUAGCAAAAUAGUAUAAAACGCGAGAAAAAAAACUUAGCAACUCUUUGUUUCCCUGGUGGCAGAAAAUCAAACAAAAUCCAGAUAAUUGUAGAUAUGAUCACUUUGUUGAGAAAUUUGGUCCUCCCUCUUUGAAGUAGAUUCUUUUUUGACACUUACUUUACCUAUACCAAAAUGUAGGCACAGUGUCUGAUAACUUCAGUUUUAUAUAACUAAAUAUUUCUGUUCUAGGCAUAGUGGCAGAAAAAUUAUGUAUUUUUCAACACUGGUCUUAUGUUAGUUUAAUUUUAACUUUUGUUGGCUUAAAAGAUUAUUUUGUUCUAGGCAGUGUGUACUCCUUGUUUAUUUUUAAAAUGUUUGAUAAAUAUUUGUACA